CGCGGCCAGCUUGUUCAAAAACGAAUGGAGAGGAAUGUAGCUAGCUACGUCAAUGUUUCGAUGAUUAAAAACACACAAAACGUGAGUUAUUAUAGUAGUUAAACGUUUUUAUCAGUAUACAAAAGAUGGAUGUAUAACUUUUUUACUCUGUCUGUGCCAACGUGUUUGCUCUUCUCUCUUUCCAGCGAGACAGAACGGUAACGUAGCUGGCUAGCUAGCCUAGCUAACAUAACGGUUAGCCUUGCCCUUGGCUAAUUUAUUGUAGGCUAGCUAAAGAGUAAAGGACAUCAUUAUAAACAAUGUGAAAUGUCUGUCUUUUUUUAGAGUGAUGGAUACGUGUUUGGACAAGAAACCAGAGAGAGUGGGGCCUAUUGUUGUUGAUGAUUUGAGAAAGGACUUGUUUGCAGAUUUUUCUGCAAUUCCAUCUGUUCUGCCACAGGUUUGAUUUUGUGAACUUUGUACUGUAUUGGGGUGUUUUUUGAUGUGACAAGCUAACUAGGGGAUUUUUGUUAUCGGAUGUUUUAAUGUUAUUAGCUAUAUAACUAGCUAGAUUUAGUAAUUACUUUCUUUUUUUUUUUUUAUCACAAAAUCCCCCAAGAAAGGCUGUAUAUUUUCUCUCCCUACAGGAUUGUGUAUUAUUUGAGAAAGAGCAUCUGCGGGUCUACCUCAGGAUACGUCCCUUUACCACAGUAGAGAAUGAAGGUGGUGAAUCUCAGGUAUGUUCCCAUGACGCAUACAGGACACUGAGAUGAGGAUCAUGAUGAUUGAUCUGCCACAAAAGGACCUUGAUAUACUGUAAAGCUACAGUCUGUAUGAUUUCCAGUAAUUACAACCAAUGAAAAAUAACCUUGGAUUAGAUGAAUAUGAUUUAGAAAAAUCUCAGUAGGAUUACACCUGUGUCAAGACACUAACUGCAGUAGCAAGGGGCAGGAUGGUCAGUCAGUGGUCCUUUGCUGAUCAGAGUGCAUUUGUUGACAUGCUCCUUUUUUCCUCUGUUUAAAUCCAGGAAUGUGUGUCCAUGGAGCCACCAGACACCGUUUUACUCAGGGCUCCUAGAAGCUCUUUAUCAACCAGACGACAAACCAGUCACUCAGACGGUGACAAACCAGUCAGUCAGACCGCCCAAAGAUUUCAGUUCUCUCAGGUAAGGCCUUCUCCAGCUGUUUAAUUAGUAGCUAUUUGUAAAGAUUGGCUUUACAAAAAAAAUUGUGUGGAGCGUGACCAUUUUUCCUACACUCUUUAUCCCUCCCUCCAGGUAUAUGGCCCUGACACUACACAGAGGCAGAUGUUUGAUGGCACAGUGAAACGUCUGGUCAGAGAUGUUCUAGAAGGAGGGAAUUCUAUUGUCUUCACAUAUGGAGUCACCAACGCCGGGAAGACAUUCACAUUCCUUGGUCAGAAUUAUUUGAGCAUGUUUCAAUUUGCAUUUGACAUUUUAACGUUGGGUUAUUUUCGACAAUGUUUUAUAUGGAGACAAAUUUGACCUUUCUCUGUUUCAUAUCAGAUGCUCACCACAAUAAAAACAACUGUGUGACAGCUACAGGUUCAUGUUAAACACUUUUGGCAUCAUGCAUUUUUAACUCUUUGUCUAUUUUUACUUCCAGGCCCUGAGAGUGAUGGUGGAAUUCUUCCAAGGUCUUUGAACGUGAUCUUCAACAGCAUCGAGGGCAGGGUCUACGCACAGAACAACAUCAAACCACAUCGAUGCAGAGACUUCACUAGGCUCACAAAGGACCAGCAGGAUGAAGAGUCUACUAAUAAGCGAAACCUCAUGAGACUGUCAAAGGAGGUGAGGUUUAACAAUAAAACCUCUCGCACAAUUCCCCCCCCUGCUUUGCUUUCUUACUGAAAUGUAAAUUAGUCUCAUCCUACUUUCUUUCCCGCUGUUUGUUUUCUUCAGAGUGAUUUUCUGAAAAGCACGAUGAGCUCCACUUGCAGGUCAACAAUACUGGAGGGUAAGAAACUUGUUGCAGGCCUUGAGUAUGCAAAGUACAGUAGCUAUGUAUUUUAUGAGUUUCUUGAAACUAUAUUUGACACCAUAUAAACAUCUUAUUGUUACACUGUUUUUUUAAUCAGUGUAAGAUUUGUUGUUUGAUUGACAGGUUCCUCCUUGAGCAACAUCAGUGAUCAGGGGGAAGGAGACAGUUUCUGUCUGGAUGUGGACUCUCACACUAAAUACUCUGUGUGGGUUUCCUUCUGUGAAAUCUACAAUGAGAAUAUCCACGACCUACUGGAGCCCAUUCCUAAUGGCUCACAUAGGAGAACCGUCCUUCGGCUGUCCCAAGACAUCAAAGGAAACACCUUUGUGAAAGGUAAUGUCACUUUGAUUGAAUAUGUGAUGAAUUAGCCUAGAUGCUAUGGGAUUUCAGUUGAUACAGAACAUUCUCAUACUCAUGGUUUCUCUUGUAGAUUUAAAGUGGGUUCAAGUAAAUAAUUCCGAGGAGGCUUACAAAGUCCUGAAGAUUGGAAAGAAGAACCAGAGUUUCUCCUGCACAAAGCUCAACAACGUCUCAAGCCGAAGCCAUAGCAUAUUUUCCAUUCGUGUCUUACGGAUUGAAGAUGUUGGUAUACCCAGAGUCCACACAAUUAGCGAGUAAGUGACCAAGUUAUUACAUUUUUCCCCCUGCUUUUCUCUAUAUUGUCUUGUUUUAAUUCAUGGUUGUGUGUUAUGUCUAAGGUUGUCGUUGUGUGAUCUGGCUGGAUCUGAGAGAUGUGCAAAGACUCAGAAUAAAGGAGUGCAGCUAAAAGAGGCUGGCAAUAUUAACACCUCAUUGCUCAUUCUGGGCAAAUGCAUCAAUGCUCUGAGGCUCAACCAACAAGCCAAGUGAGUAUUUUAACCUGUAUACAGAUUUAUUAUUUUACACACACUGACUGCACGUUUGUUUAUAACAAACCAAUAUAAUGCUGCUUUUAUCCUAUGUAAAUAUUGUCCAGGUUCCAACAACAUGUGCCCUUCAGGGAGAGCAAGCUCACACACUACCUCCAGGGGUUUUUCUGUGGUAGAGGGAAAGCCUGCAUGAUCGUCAACAUCAACCAGUGUGCCUCCAUGUACGACGAGACGCUCAACGUCCUCAAGUUCUCCGCCGUCGCCCAAAAGGUCAUUCAGUGGAGCUUUAUAAGGAAAAGUAAGCUUGUGGUUGGUAAUAUAGGUGACCAAAUUGCUCAUUUAUUUAGUUUCUUUAUAACCUCUCAGGUGGUGGUCCUCAACAUCAAACCAGUUCCUGCCAUUGCUCCAAAGAGAUCUGCCAGAGAUGUGUCCCUCAUCAUCAACAAUGCUGGCCGCAAGAACCUGUGGAGUAGGAGGGAGAGCUCCAUGGUGGCUUGGGAAACAACUCUAGAAGAUGUGCAGGAAGAUGGGGAUGACGAAGAGGAGGAUGAUUAUGAAGAAGAGGAAAGUUGCGAUGAGAGCAUGGCAGAGGAGACCAUUCUGGAGGCGGGAGAAGAGGACAAGACGACGCUUGAGGACUUCAAUAAUGUAGGUUUUGUUCAUAUUCAAUAUGUUUAUAUGUUUGGUUCUUUUUCACUGACUUUCACUGACUGUGCGAAAUCCUCCUUUUAUAAGGAGGAUGGGAUCCACUUGAAUAAUUUGGGUUCCUGGAUCCUUUCACAGCAUUAUAAGGUUGCGUUGAGACAAUGACUUAUCAAUGGCCCAGCUCAGUUAAUCCCUACCAUUGUGUCGCUGAAUUGUCAUAAUACUUCAGCAAAUGUACAUUAUCCCAGGGGCGUUGGUAGACACAAUGUAAGUAACCUAAUUUAUGUCCCUCUAACUGCCCUGAAUGCCUCUGCUGAUCCUACAGCUAUUAUAUGCAGUAAUCAUGUGCCUAUGAACCAGAGUUAUAUUGUUAGCGCUGAGGCGGUGUGCCCUAGUAAGAAGUCCACUGUGUGCAGCUGACCCUGCACUAACAUAAAUAACAUGAGCAUGUCUACUUCUACUAAGCUUCCCAGUAAAGCAAUGAAAACAAACAUCCCAGAAAAGUGCUAAAAAUAGCCCAUGUUAACAUGUGUAGCUUAAGAAACAGGGUUCAUGAAAUCAAUAACUUGCUAGUAACAGAUGAGAUUCAUAUUAUGACUAUCUCUGAAACUCACUUAGAUAAUACCUUUGAUACAUUGGUAGCAGUACAUGGUUAUAACAUGUGGUCCUCUGUAGCUCAGCUGGUAGAGCACGGCGCUUGUAACGCCAAGGUAGUGGGUUCAAUCCCCGGGACCACCCAUACACAAAAAUGUAUGCACGCAUGACUGUAAGUCGCUUUGGAUAAAAGCGUCUGCUAAAUGGCUUAUUAUUAUUAUUUAUCUACAGUACAGAAAUGCCAGUGGUGGAGGUGUUGCUGUUUUAUAUUCAGAACCACAUUCUGGUAAAGCUUAGAGAGGAUCUCAUGUUAAAUACUGUUGAAGUAGUAUGCUACAGGUUAAUCUGCCUCACCUAAAGCCCAUUCUUGUGGGAAGCUGCUAUAGACCACCAAGUGCUAACAGUCAGUAUCUGAAUAAAGUGUGUGAAAUGCUUGUUAAUGUAUGUGAUAUCAACAGAGGUAUUUUCUGGGUGACCUAAAUAUUGACUGGCUUUCAUCAAGCUGCCCACCCAAGAUAAAGCUUCAAACUGUAACCAGGUUCAGUCAACCUACCAGGGAAGUUACAAACAGCACAGGAAUGAAGUCAUCAACAUGUAUUGAUCACAUCUUUACUAAUGUUGCAAAAAUUUGCUUUAAAGUAUCAAAAUCCAUCGGAUGUAGUGAUCACAAUAUAGUAGCCAUAUCUAGGAAAACCAAAGUUCCAAAGGCUGGGCCUAAUAUAGUGUAUAGAGGUCAUACAAUACGUUUUUGUAGUGAUUCAUAUGUUGUUGAUGUAAAGAAUAUGUGGUGUGUAAUGAGGAGCAACCAGACACUGCACUUGAUACAUUUUAUGAAAUUGCUUAUUCCAGUUACUAUUAAGCAUGCACCCAUUAAAAAAAAAGGACUGUAAAGACUGUUAAAUCUCAGUGAAUUGAAGAGGAAUUUAAAAUGUGUAUGGUUGAGAGGGAUAAGUCAAAAGUAAUGGCAAAUAAGUCUGGCUGCACAACUGAUUGGCAAUGUACUGCAAAUUGAGAAAUCGUGACUAAACGGAAUAGAAAUUUGACAAAUGAUUCUAUGAAACAAAGAUGAAUUAUACACUGCUCAAAAAAAUAAAGGGAACACUUAAACAACACAAUGUAACUCCAAGUCAAUCACACUUCUGUGAAAUCAAACUGUCCACUUAGGAAGCAACACUGAUUGACAAUAAAUGUCACAUGCUGUUGUGCAAAUGGAAUAGACAACAGGUGGAAAUUAUAGGCAAUUAGCAAGACAUCCCCAAUAAAGAAGUGGUUCUGCAGGUGGUGACCACAGACCACUUCUCAGUUCCUAUGCUUCCUGGGUGGUGUUUUGGUCACUUUUGAAUGCUGGCGGUGCUUUCACUCUAGUGGUAGCAUGAGACGGAGUCUACAACCCACACAAGUGGCUCAGGUAGUGCAGCUCAUCCAGGAUGGCACAUCAAUGCGAGCUGUGGCAAGAAGGUUUGCUGUGUCUGUCCAGCGUAGUGUCCAGAGCAUGGAGGCGCUACCAGGAGACAGGCCAGUACAUCAGGAGACGUGGAGGAGGCCGUAGGAGGGCAACAACCCAGCAGCAGGACCGCUACCUCUGCCUUUGUGCAAGGAGGAGCAGGAGGAGCACUGCCAGAGCCCUGCAAAAUGACCUCCAGCAGGCCACAAAUGUGCAUGUGUCUGCUCAAACGGUCAGAAACAGACUCCAUGAGGGUGGUAUGAGGACCCGACGUCCACAGGUGGGGGUUGUGUUUACAGCCCAACACCGUGCAGGACGUUUGGCAUUUGCCAGAGAACACCAAGAUUGGCAAAUUCGCCACUGGCGCCCUGUGCUCUUCACAGAUGAAAGCAGGUUCACACUGAGCACAUGUGACAGUCUGGAGACUCUGUGGAGAACGUUCUGCUGCCUGCAACAUCCUCCAGCAUGACCGGUUUGGCGGUGGGUCAGUCAUAGUGUGGGGUGGCAUUUCUUUGGGGGGCCGCACAGCCCUCCAUGUGCUCGCCAGAGGUAGCCUGACUGCCAUUAGGUACUGAGAUGAGAUCCUCAGACCCCUUGUGAGACCAUAUGCUGGUGCGGUUGGCCCUGGGUUCCUCCUAAUGCAAGACAAUGCUAGACCUCAUGUGGCUGGAGUGUGUCAGCAGUUCCUGCAAGAGGAAGGCAUUGAUGCUAUGGACUGGCCCGCCCGUUCCCCAGACCUGAAUCCAAUUGAGCACAUCUGGGACAUCAUGUCUCGCUCCAUCCACCAAUGCCACGUUGCACCACAGACUGUCCAGGAGUUGGCGGAUGCUUUAGUCCAGGUCUGGGAGGAGAUCCCUCAGGAGGCCAUCCGCCACCUCAUCAGGAGCAUGCCCAGGCAUUGUAGGGAGGUCAUACAGGCACGUGGAGGCCACACACACUACUGAGCCUAAUUUUGACUUGUUUUAAGGACAUUACAUCAAAGUUGGAUCAGCCUGUAGUGUGGUUUUCCACUUUAAUUUUGAGGGUGACUCCAAAUCCAGACCUCCAUGGGUUGAUCAAUUUGAUUUCCAUUGAUAAUUUUUGUGUGAUUUUGUUGUCAGCACAUUCAACUAUGUAAAGAAAAAAGUAUUUAAUAAGAUUAUUUCAUUCAUUCAGAUCUAGGAUGUGUUGUUUUAAGUGUUCCAUUUAUUUUUUUGAGCAGUGUAGUAUAUAAAAAAAAAGCUUUGGAGCACCUUAAAUUAAAUGUAGGGCAAAAAGGCAAACUCAGCGCCAUCAUUCAUUGAAUCAGAUGGCUGAUUCAUCACAAAACCCACUGAUAUUGCCAAUUACUUUAAUGAUAUUUUCAUUGGCAAGAUUAGCAAACUUAGGCAUGACAUGCCAGUAACAAACGCUGACACCACAUCCAAGUAGAACUGAUCAAAUUAUGGAAGACAAGCAUUGUCAUUUUGAAUUCCGUAAAGUGAGUGUGGAAGAGGUGAAAAGUAUUGUUGUCAACAAUGACAAGCCACCGGGGUCUGACAACUUGGAAGGAAAAUUACUGAAGAUAAUAGCGGGCGAUUAUUGCCCCUCCUAUUUGCCAUAUCUUCAAUCUAAGCCUACUAGAAAGUGUGUGCCCUCAGGCCUGGAGGGAAGCAAAAGUCAUUGCACUACCUAAGAAUAGUAAAGCCCCCUUUACUGGCUCAAAUAGCUGACCAAUCAGCCUGUUACCAACCCUUAAUAAACUUUUGGAGAAAAUUGUGUUUGACCAGAUUCAAUGCUAUUUUACUGUAAACAAAUUGACAACAGACUUUCAGCACGCUUGUCCUAGAGAAGGACAUUCAACAUGCACAGCACUUACACAAAUGACUGAUUGGCUGAGAGAAAUUGAUACAAAUAUUGUGGGAGCUGUUUUGUUAGACUUCAGUGCUGCUUUUGACAUUAUCGAUCAUAGUCAGCUGCUAAAAAAACGUAUGUGUUAUGGCUUUACAUCCCCCUGCUAUAUUGUUGAUAAAGAGUUGCCUGUGUUCUUUAAUGGAAGCCUCUCCAACAUAAUUCAGAUAGAAUCAGGAAUUCCCCAGGGCAGUUGUAUAGGCCCCUUUACUUUUUUCAAUCUUUACUAAGCCAGUGUGUCUAUGUAUGCGGAUGACUCAACACUAUACACGUCAGCUACUACAGCGAGUGGAGUCACUGCAACACUUAACGAAGAGCUGCAGUUAGUUUCAGAAUGGGUGGCAAGGAAUAAGUUAGUCCUAAAUAUUUCAAAAACUAAAAGCAUUGUAUUUGGGACAAAUCAUUCACUAAACCCUAAAUCUUGUAAUAAAUAAUGUGGAAAUUGAGCAAGUUGAGGUGACUAAACUGCCUGGAUUGUAAUCUGUCGUGGUCAAAACAUGUUGAUACAACAGUAGCUAAGAUGGGGGAGAAGUCUGUCCAUAAUAAAGCGCUGCACUGCCUUUCUAACAACACUAUCAACAAGGCAGGUCCUACAUUACCUAAUCUUGUCACACCUGGACUACUGUUCAGUCAUGUGGUCUUCACAAACCCCAAGUCAAAAACAGACUAUGGGAGGCGGACAGUACUACGUAGAGCCAUGGCUACAUGAAACUCUAUUCCACAUCAGGUAACUGAUGCAAGCAGUAUAAUCAGAUUAAUAUAAAAGCUACAAAUACACCUUAUGGAACAGCGGGGACUGUGAAGAGACACACACAGGCACAGACACACGUAUAUACAUACACAUUAGACACACACACUACAUGCAUGUACACAUGGAUUUUGUAUUGUAAAUAUGUGGUAGUAGAGUAGUGGCCUGAGGGAACACACUUAAUAUGUUGUGAAAAGUGUUAUGAAAUGCAAUUGUCAUGUAAUAUCUUAAAUUGUGUAUAUAACUGCCUUAAUGUUGCUGGACCACAGGAAGAGUAGCUGCUGCCUUGUGUAUUUUAGGGCCAGUUUGCUCUGGUGGAGGAACUGAGGGAGAAGCUUCUGAAGGAGGAAGCUGAGAAAUUGGCUUUGGAGUCUCAUAUCCGUGAAGAGGUCACCAUUGAGUUCAUGGAGCUAUUCUCCAAAAUGGAAAGUGAUUACAAGUAAGUCGUCUAUUUCGCUCUUUUUAAAAGAUCUGUCAAUCUUGGCCAUUGUCUGUAGAUGCAUUGACUGAACAAUGCUUCUGUCAUGCAGUGAGCGUCUUGCCAAAGAGAGGGAGAUCAUCGAGGACAGAGCGGAGAAGAGGUUGGAGAUCCUGAAGAAUUUAGUCAGCAAAAGUGUCAGCGAGUGUGCAAGUGUCACCGGUGACGAGGAAAUGACAAAGGUAACAGUCUUAUUCAGAUCACAGGUCAUAAUAUCAGAUCAUGCAGAAAAUACAACUUCACCACUAAUAUCUUUACCUGUCCUUGUUUAAUGAGUUGAGUUCUGAUAUCUUUGUUUUCCAUCACAGGAGGAUAAGGUAGAGCUCUUGGAUGGGAUCAUUGAAGCUAUGCGAGACGACCUGGCUAGAAUCAGGAGGGAUACGGAGACUGCACAGACCUGUCUGGUGGACCUGCCUGAGUCUCCUGGCACUGUAGCCAGCCUGAGGAAGCAAGUGGACGACUUAUCAGAGGAGCUCCUCAAGACCCAGCAGCAACUCAAACUCAAAACCAAUGGUGUGUGUAUAGUAUGUCUGAACUACUGUGAUUUGGCCAUGUCUGCUAAAUAUUCAGGAUUUAGCUUAAAGGGAUACUUCGGGAUUUUAGCAAUGAGGCCCUUUAUCUACUUCCCCAGAGUCAGAUGAACUUGUGGAUUCCAUUUUUAUGUCUCUGUGUCCAGUAUGAAGGAAGUUAGGUAGUUUUGCGAGCCAAUGCUAACUAGCGUUAGUGCAAUGACUGGAAGUCUAUGGGUAUCUGCUAGCAUGCUUCCUUCAUACUGGACAGAGACAUACUUUUUUUAAAUCCACGAGUUCAUCUGCAUCUGGAGAAGUACAGUACAUUCGGGAAAGUAUUCAGACUCCUUGACUUUGUCCACAUUUUGUUACGUUACAGCCUUAUUCUACAAUGGAUUAAAUAAAACAUUUUCCUCAGCAAUCUACACACAAUACCCCGUAAUGAUGAUAUGAAAGCAGGUUGUUCGAAAUUUUUGCACUUAUUAAAAUAAAAACAGAAAUACCAUAUUUCCAUAAGUAUUCAGACCCUUUGCUAUGAGACCCAACAUUUUGCUCCGGUGCAUCCUGUUUCCAUUCAUCAUCCUGGAGAUGUUUCUACAACUUGAUUGGAGUCCACCUGUGGUAAAAUCUCUAUUGAUUGGACAUGAUUUGGAAAGGCACACACCUGUCUAUAUAAGGUCCCACAGUUGACAGUGCAUGUCAGAGCAAAAACUAAGACAUGAGGUCGAAGGAAUUGUCCUUAGAGCUCCGAGACAGGAUUGUGUUGAGGCACAGAUCUGGGGAAGGGUACCAAAAAAUGUCUGCAGCAUUGAAGGUCCACAAGAACACAGUGGCCUCCAUCAUUCUUAAAUGUAAGAAGUUUGGACCCACCAAGACUCUUCCUAGAGCUGGCCGCCCGGCCAAACUGAGCAAUCAGGGGAGAAGGGCUUUGGCCAGGGAGGUGACCAAGAACCCGAUGGUCACUCUGACAGACUUCUAGAGUUCCUCUGUGGAGAUGGGAGAACCUUCCAGAAGGACAACCAUCUCUGCAGCACUCCACCAAUCAGGCCUUAUUGGUAGUGGCCAGACGGAAGCCACUCCUCAGUAAACGGCACAUGACAGCCCGCUUGGAGUUUGCCAAAAGGCACCUAAAGACUCUCAGACCAUGAGAAACAAGAUUCUCUAGUCUGAUGAAACCAAGAUUGAACUAUUUGGCCUGAAUGCCAAGCGUCACGUCUGGAGGAAACCUGGCACCAUCCCUACAGUGAAGCAUGGUGGUGGCAGCAUCAUGCUGUGGGUGUGUUUUUCAGCAGCAGGGACUGGGAGACUAGUCAGGAUCAAUGCAAAGAUGAACAGAGCAAAGUACAGCGAGAUCCUUAAUGAAAACCUGCUCCAGAGCGCUUAGGACCUCAGACUGGGGCGAAGGUUCACCUUCCAACAGGAAAACGACCCUAAGCACACAGCCAAGACAACGCAGGAGUGGCUUCGGGACAAGUCUCUGAAUGUCCUUGAGUGGCCCAGCCAGAGCCCGGACUUUAACCCGAUCGAACAUCUCUGGAGAGACCUGAAAAUAGCUGUGCAGCAACGCUCCCCAUCCAACCUGACAGAGCUUGAGAGGAUCUGCAGAGAUGAAUGAGAAACUCUCCAAAUACAGGUGUGCCAAGCUUGUAGCGUCAUACCUAAGAAGACUUACAUGCUGUAACAAAGGUGCUUCAACAAAGUACUGAGGAAAAUAAUAUGUAUGUAAAUGUAAUAUUUCCGUUUUUUAUUUUGCUAACAUUUCUAAAAAACCUUUUUGCUUUGUCAUAAUGGGGUAUUGUGUGUAGAUUGAUAAGAAAAACAUUUUAAUCAAUUUUAGAUUGAGGUUGUAACGUAACAAAAUGUGGAAAAGUCAAGGUGUCUGAAUACUUUCCGAAUGCAGUGUAGAUAAAGGGCCUUAUUGCCAAAAUUCCCAAGCAUCCCUUUAAGUGUGUUUUCUCUCGGUUUACAGAAAUGGAAGUAAUGAGCAUGGAAUUGAAACAAUUGUUUGGGCAGCUAGAGGAUGCGAAGGAGGUAAGCCUGGCUUGAUAUUGAUAUCUGAUGUGUUUUGUUGCAUGUGAACACUGAAUCAAAGUUUGUGUUAGAGUUGAUGGUUCUCCAUAUUUUGGUUUUAUGCAGAAUUUGGAAUCUCAGACACGGAAGUUUGAGGCCUUAAUGGAAAUCUGCCAUGAGAAAGAUGAUGUGAUAACCAAGCUGCAGGAAGCAAUGGACCAGAAUAGUGAGGCUGCAACUAGGGAUGUAAGUAAAUUACUUGCUUGAACUAAUGAUUUCAUACUUGCACCUGCAUUAAUUGCGCAUAUGGGGGCGCUUUGUAAUCUGUCCAAGUGUAUUUAGUAUUAAUCAUCACAUAACCUCUAUGAUAAUAUGCAUUCCCUUUCACUGUUUUUGUCAACAGAAGGCCUUGGUUGACUCAAUCAAGGAGGAGAUUCUGAGCUUGAAACAGAAUUGUAAGUGUAUGAGCCGGGACAGUCCCAGUGCUGAGGAGGGCAGGAACCGCCAUGCUGAUGUCCUGGAAGACCUUGAUGAUCAGCCUGCCCUGAAGAAAGGUAGUCAUAAAAAAAAGAUGAAAGGAGUUACAUCUUGUAUCGGGGAUAUUGGUCCUUAUGUUUCCAUUUACUUUUAGAGUUCUGUGUCUGUCUGACCAGCUCCUCUCUCUCCAGGGAGUCUUGAGGAUGAGCGUAUCAUUCGAGCAGAUGAGUUGGAGAAACUCCAGGCUGAAUGUCAUCAAAAAGACUUGACGAUUUUGCAGUUAAAAGAAGAACACGAGGCGAUGGUUCAGAAGUUGGAGACGGUCAAAGGAGAGAUAAAAAGAAAGAACGAAAAUGCCGACGAGCUCAAACGCGAGAGGGUUUCGUUCGAACAGACUGUACAGAAGCUCACCGAUGAUUUGGAGGAGCAGACAGAUGACUGUGAAGCUGUGAUGGCCUCGCUGGAAAAAGAGAGGAAGGAGACAGCCAUGCUCUCCAAAGACAACAAAGCACUGGUCAGUGGCAUCUUCCAGCUCCAGCAGACAUCACAGAAAGUGGAGUCUUCUGUGAAAACUCUCCAAACAGAACUUAUCGAACAGACUGAGAGGUCCGCCAAGCUUUUAGAGGAGCUAGAAGCAGCCAGAGUACUCCUGAAGGGGCUCGAAGACGAAUCCAACGAAAAAUCCAAAACCAUUGAAUCCUUAACUUUGGAAACUGAACGACUCCGGAAGGAAGCGGAGGAACUGAAGGUCUCUUCUGUGCAGAGCAACAACUCCAAGUUCCAUGACACCAUAGAUGCAAUGAAAAGGGAGUGUGAGUGCGUGGUGGAGAAGUUGCUCCAGAAGAGCCAGUGGAUAGAUGUCCUGGAGCAGGAGCUCAACCAGGUCAAAGAGCAGCUCUCUGGACGGGAGGAACUCUGCAGCCAGCUGAGACAUGAGUUAGAGACACAGCGGUCAGAGGCCCAAUUCAACCUACAGGGCUAUGAAUUAGAGAAAGGGGCUUACAAUGAAAUUACGAAGAGUUACUCUGACCUUGAAAAAAUGGCAGGUCACCUGAAGGAGCAAAUCGUGGACCUGGAGGUUCAGGUGCAGGCCUCUGGAGGCAGCUCUGAGAGGGUUGUGGAGUUGGAGAAGCAACUGGCUGAGAGGGAGGCCCAGUGCGAAGCUCUGCAAGCAAGAUUAGAGGAGGCUCAACAGAAACUGGCCCAGGUGGAGGAAAGUCAUAGCAAUAAGUCCAAGGAGAAGGUGAUUGAAGACAUGCGUCUUGCUCUGACAGAGCAGGAGAGGACACAAACAGAACAAGAUCAGAUUCUGGAGGCUAAGGAAAAAGAGAUUGAGGCUUUAAGUGAAGGUGAGUGGUCACACGCUUAAAUCAGUUUUGUUUUUUUAAGCAAGUCUUCAUUCAGAUUUUUUGGGGGAAUUGGCACUGUCUCAAUUUUGGAUUUCAGAGCUGACGAGUUUGAAGGACUGCUGCCUACCAAAAAACAUGAACAGUGCAAAGUUCUCUCAUGUCCUCAACAACUGUCCUGGCGAGAAUGUGAAGCAGGAAUGUCAGCGGACUGAAGAGAGCUUGAAGGUAAGAGCUGCCGUUUGAUCAAAGAUGCUCACAUUCAUUCUCAACGUCCCUCUGAAACUCUAGCAAUUUAAGGUUCUGUUUGAGACGGGACGGUGUACGCACGUGUGGUGAGGGAAGUAAUCAUUCCUUUUGAUGUCCUCCUAGCUGGUUAAUGAGCAGCAUGAGAUGGAGAAGCAGAAGUGGCUUGAAGAGAGGGCCAUUCUGAUGGAGAGACCCAAAGGGCCAGAGCAGGAGGAGAGUCGGUGCCCGGCUCCAGAGUUGAUGAGGGAGUGUUCAGAGGAGCUCUGCCGUAGCACGCUGCAGACUGUAGAGGUAAUACUGACUCUGAUUUAAUAAACACAUUAGAACUGCUGGGCUUAAUGGCGUCUCUGAAUGAGAGGAAGUAAUUAAUGGAGUUUCAAAGUGCGUAGGUAGUGAGUGUGCAGCAGGAAGUUGAUGAAUGACGUUCAGAAUAGGGUUUCUGUGACCUAAUCCCUAAUUUCUGCUUAAUUUAGUGGGAUAUUGCUAACUUUUUACCUCUCGUUUUAUCUCUGAGGAGCACAUAAUUUCUAAUAGCAUUAACUCUGUGUAUAUCAAUGAUGUCGUUCUUGCUGCUGGUGACGCUCGGAUCCACCUCUAUGCGGACGACACCAUUUUGUAUACAUCUGGCCCUUCAUUGGAUUGAACACUGUGUUAACAAACCUCCAAACGAGCUUCAACGCCAUACAACACUCCUUCCGUAGCCUCCAACUGCUCUUAAACACUAGUAAAAUUAAAUGCAUGCUCUUCAACCGAACGCUGCUUGCACCCGACUAGACUAGAAUCACUACUCUCAGCGGGUCUGACCUAGAGUAUGUGGACAACUACAAAUACCUAGGUGUCUGGUUAGACUGUAAACUCUCCUUCCAGACUCACAUUAAGCAUCUCCAAUCAAAAGUUAGAUCUAGAAUCGGCUUCCUAUUUCGCAACAAAGUCUCCUUCACUCAUGCUGCCAAACAUGCCCUCGUAAAACUGACUAUCCUACCGAUCCUUGACUUGGGCGAUGUCAUUUACAAAAUAGCCUCCAACACUCUACUCAGCAAAUUGGAUGUAGUCUAUCACUGUGCCAUCCGUUUUGUCUCCAAAGCCCCAUAUAAUACCCACCACUGUGACCUGUACGCUCUUGUUGGCUGGUCCUCACUACAUAUUUGUCGCCAAACCCACUGGCUCCAGGCCAUCUAUAAAUCACUGCUAGGCAAAUCCCCGCCUUAUCUUAGCUCAUUGGUCACCAUAGCAACACCCACCCGUAGUCUGCGCUCCAGCAGGUAUAUCUCACUGGUCAUCCCCAAAGCCAACACCUCCUUUGGCCGCAAUUCCUUCCAGUUCUCUGCUGCCAAUGACUGGAACAAAUUGCAAAAAUCUCUGAAGCUGGAGACUCUUACCUCCCUCACUAACUUUAAGCAUCAGUUGUCAGAGCACCUUACCGAUCACUGCACCUGUACACAGCCCAUCUGAAAUUAGCCCGCCCAACUACCUCAUCCCUAUAUUGUUAUUUAUUUUGCUCAUUUGUACCCCAGUAUCUCUAUUUGCACAUCAUCUCUUGCACAUCUAUCAUUCCAGUGUUAAUACUAAUUGUAAUUAUUUUGCACUAUAGCCUAUUUAUUGCCUUACCUCCAUAACUUGCUACAUUUGCACACACUGUAUAUAUAUAUGUAUUUCUGUUGUAUUUCUGUAGUAUUUUUGACUUUGUUUUGUUUUACCCCAUAUGUAACUCUGUUGUUGUUUUUAUCGCACUGCUUUGCUUUAUCUUGGCCAGGUCGCAGUUGUAAAUGAGAACUUGUUCUCAACUGGUUUACCUGGUUAAAUAAAGGUGAAAUAAAAAAAAUAAAAAAAUAAUUCGGCGAUGUCAUUUACAAAAUAGCCUCAAACUCUACUCAGCAAAUUGGAUGUAGUCUAUCACAGUGCCAUCCGUUUUGUCACCAAAGCCCCAUAUACUACCCACCAUUGUGACCUGUACGCUCUCGUUGGCUGGCCCUCACUACAUAUUCGUCGCCAAACCCACUGGCUCCAGGCCAUCUAUAAAUCACUGCUAGGCAAAUCCCCGUCUUAUCUUAGCUCACUGGUCACCAUAGCAACACUCACCCGUAGUCUGCGCUCCAGCAGGUAUAUCUCACUGGUCAUCCCCAAAGCCAACACCUCCUUUGGCCGCAAUUCCUUCCAGUUCUCUGCUGCCAAUGACUGGAACAAAUUGCAAAAAUCUCUGAAGCUGGAGACACUUAUCUCCCUCACUAACUUUAAGCAUCAGUUGUCAGAGCAGCUUACUGAUCACUGCACCUGUACACAGCCAUUCUGAAAUUAGCCCACCCAACUACCUCAUCCCCAUAUUGUUGUUUAUGUUGCACCCCAGUAUCUCUAUUUGCACAUCAUCUUUUGCACAUCUAUCAUUCCAGUGUUAAUACGAAAUUGUAACUAUUUUGCACUAGGGCCUAUUUAUUGCCUUACCUCCAUAACUUGCUACAUUCGCACACACUGUAUAUAUAUUUUCUGUUGUAUUUUUGACUUUAUGUUUUGUUUACCCCAUAUGUAACUCUGUUGUUGUUUUUAUCGCACUGCUUUGCUUUAUCUUGGCCAGGUCGCAGUUGUAAAUGAGAACUUGUUCUCAACUGGCUUACCUGGUUAAAUAAAGGUUACAAAAAAAACUUGAUCCAUAUAUCUGAUGUAUUGAAGAGAAGUUACCAGCCUAUAUAUUAUCACUUCUUUCCAACUAAAUGAUAUGUAUGUACAGUUGAAGUCGGAAGUUUACAUACACUUAGGUUGGAGUCAUUAACUCGUUUUUUAACCACUCCACAAAUGUAUUGUUAACAAACUAUACUUUUGGCAAGUCGGUUAGGACAUCUACUUUGCAUGACACAAGUCAUUUUCCAACAAGUGUUUAUAAUUCACUGUAUCACAAUUCCAGUGGGUCAGAAGUUUAGAUACACUAAGUUGACUGUGCCUUUAAACAGCUUGGAAAAUUCCAGAAAAUGUUAUGGCUUUAGAAGCUUUUAAUAGGCUAAUUGACAUCAUUUGAGUCAAUUGGAGGUGUACCUGUGGAUGUAUUUCAAGGCCUACCUUCAAACUGUGCCUCUUUGCUUGACAUCGUGGGAAAAUCAAAAUAAAUCAGCCAAAAAAUUGUAGACCUCCACAAGUCUGGUUCAUGCUUGGAAGCAGUUUUCAAACGCCUAUAGGUACCACGUUCAUCUGUACAAACAAUAGUAUGCAAGUAUAAACACCAUGGGACCAUGCAGCCGUCAUACCGCUCAGGAAGGAGACGUGUUCUGUCUCCUAGAGAUGAACGUACUUUGGUGCGAGAAGUACAAAUCAAUCCCAGAACAACAGCAAAGGACCUUGUGAAGAUGCUGGAGGAAACAGGUAAAAAGUGUCUAUAUCCACAGUAAAACGAGUCCUAUAUCGAUAUAACCUGAAAGGCCGCUCAGCAAGGAAGAAGCCACUGCUCCAAAACCGCCAUAAAAAAGCCAGACUACAGUUUGCAACUGCACAUGGGGACAAAGAUCGUACUUUUUGGAGAAAUGCCCUCUGGUCUGAUGAAACAAAAAUAGAACUGUUUGGCCACAAUGACCAUCGUCAGGGGGUAGCUUGCAAGCCGAAGAAAACCAUCCCAACCGUGAAGCACGGGGGUGGCAGCAUCAUGCUGUGGGGGUGCUUUGCUGCAGGAGGGACUGGUGCACUUCACAAAAUAGAUGGCAUCAUGAGGAAGGAAAAUUAUGUGGAUAUAUUGAAGCAACAUCUCAAGACAUCAGUCAGGAAGUUAAAGCUUGGUCGCAAAUGGGUCUUCCAAAUGGACAAUGACCCCAAGCAUACUUCCAACGUUGUGGCAAAAUUGCUUAAGGACAACAAAGUCAAGGUAUUGGAGUGGCCAUCACAAAGCCCUGACCUCAAUCCUAUAGAAAAUUUGUGGGCAGAACUGAAAAAGCGUGUGCGAGCAAGGAGGCCUACAAACCUGACUCCGUUACACCAGCUCUGUCAGGAGGAAUGGGCCAAAAUUCACCCAACUUAUUGUGGGAAGCUUGUGGAAGGCUACCUGAAACGUUUGACCCAAGUUAAACAAUGUAAAGGCAAGGCUACCAAAUAUUAAUUGAGUGUAUGUAAACUUCUGACCCACUGGGAAUGUGAUGAAAGAAAUAAAAGCUGAAAUAAAUCAUUCUCUCUGCUAUUAUUCUGACAUUUCACAUUCUUAAAAUAAAGUGGUGAUCCUAACUGAUCUAAGACAGGGAAUUUUUACUAGGAUUAAAUGUCAGGAAUUGUGAAAAACUGAGUUUAAAUGUAUUUGGCUAAGGUGUAUGUAAACUUCCGACUUCAACUGUAGUUGCAGGGAAAGCGGGUGCACUUCACACAGCAAUUGACAGUAUUUCUCACCGUAAGGAUUGUCUGCCUUUUAUGCUAAUGUCUGUUUUCCAGGCGCAAUUGUCAAAACAGCCCUCAGAGAAAGAAGAGGAGAGUGGCUCUGUUGUUGAGGACCUCAAAUUAAAGAUACAGAAUCUCCAGGAGAGAAACGCAAAGAAAGAGCGCAAGCUCAGGGAGCUCCACGACCACUCCAAUUUCCAAACACAAGAGGUCAGUAUAGAUCAGAUAAUCAUUUAUACUGAACAAAAAUAUAAACGCAGCAAUUUAAACGAUUUUACUGAUUUUACAGUUCAUGUAAGGAAAUCAGUAAAUUGAAAUAAAUUCAUUAGGCCCUACUCAAUGGAUUUCACAUGACUGGGCAGGGGCGCAGCCAUGGGUGGGUCUGGCUCCCCAGUGGGUGGGCCUAUGCCCACCCAUGGCUGUGCCCCUGCCCAGCCAAUCAGAAUGAGUUUUUUUUUCCACAAAAGGGCUUGAUUACAGACAGAAAUGCUCCUCAGUUUCAUCAGCUGUCCUGGUGGCUGGUCUCAGAUGGUCCCGCAGGUGAAGAAGCCAGAUGUGGAGGUCUUGGGCUGGUGUGGUUACACGUGGUCUGCGGUUGUGAGGCCGGUUGGUCGUACUGCCAAAUUCUCUAAAACGACGUUUGAGGCGACUUAUGUAGAGAAAUGAACAUUCAAUUCUCUGGCAACAGCUCUGGUGUACAUUCCUACAGUCAGCAUGCCAAAUGCACGCUCCCUCAACUUGAAUUAUCUUGGCAAAGGAUAAAUGCUCACUAACAGGGAUGUAAAUACAUUUGUGCACAAAAUCUGAGAGAAAUAGGUGUAUGGAAAAUUUUUAAGAUCUUUUAUUUCAGCUCAUGAAACAUGGGACCAAAACUUAACAUGUUGCGUUUAUAUUUUUGUUCUGUAUAGCUGCUUCUUAUGUUUGACUAUUCUUGUCAUUUUUUUGCGAUUUCAGCCACAAAAUCAGGGAUGGAUUCAUUUCAACAGGGGUGUAAAGAAACAUUCAUAUUUGAUGAAUCAGAUAAUAAAUAGUGGUGUGUGUGUGUGUGUGUGUGUGUGUUUAUGCCUGUGUGUAUAAUGUUGGCCUGUCUGUCUGUCUGUCUGUCUGGGCAGGUACUGGACUCCUCAGAGGUGUCCACAGAUGGCAGGCAAGAGCGUCGCUUCCCCAAACCGGAGCUGGAGAUCCAGUUCACCCCUCUGCACUCCAACAAGCUGAACGUCCGGAGGCAGGGAGAGAACAAGUCUGUGACCAUCAAAAUCCCCCGCUCAGCCAAGAAGAGGAAGAGCAACGAGAUGGAGAAGGUACAGUUCAAAGUGUGUGUGUGAUAGGAUAACAGAUAUGUCCAGAAGACAUUUGACUGAAAACCAUAACAUUUUAAAUAAUAAUUGUUUUAUUGUCACAUACACCAGAUAGGUGCAAUUGUUGUCAUGAUACCAGAAUUUUGACUUUGAUACCGAUACCAGGUUUAGUAUCACAAUACUGGAUACCAAAACGAUACCACGGGGGAAAAAGGUGUAUUAGCCGAAGUCACAGAAUGGCACUUCAUCCAGACAGAUCUUUUGAGUUCAAUAUCAUUACAUUUGCAUUUAAAAUGUCUGAUUUUUGAAUGUAUGCAUUAAUGAAUCAAUUAUACAAUCAAUUUGACUUUGUUUUUUACCAACCCAACUACAUACCAACAUUAUGGUAAUCAUUUAUUUGACUGGUAAAGCUCUAGUCUAUUGAUGAACUGGGUAAAUCAAGAUGAAGCGUAGGCCUGUUCACAAUAGCGGUGAAUGCAUAUUCAACAGGAGUGUGUGCAUGUAUUGAGUUAUUGAGCUUGUUUUGACUGAUUUUUCAUGGGCCUACAGAUGAAAAACAAUAUUUCCCUUCCACUUGCGACGUAUUCUAUUGUACUGAUCAACAACAGUUGCAUAGAACAAGCAAUCUCUUAUUUUAUAAAAGUGUGCGCUCUCACUAAGACCCAUGCCUUCAUUCUCUCACACACACACUCAGUUUGAGGCUCGAGCGAAGAUAAUGACUGGGAGAGACGAAAAGCAGGCGGGGAAGAUGACGUGAAUUAAUACAGAUUUAGUGACAUUCAGCUUUGAAAUGAGCAAUAUUUUGCUUUAUGGUUUGCAUAUUAUCACAAACAAGGUACUAGGGUAGUGAAUUGAUGUUAGCUUCAGCUGUAAGCUAGCAAGGAAAGUUAGCCUACAACGCUGGAAGCUACCUGUAUAUUCUUGCAUUGUGAAGUGUUCUAGCCUGUAAUGGACAUUUUGUUUUGCGAACCGUAAUUAACAUUUUCAACAUUUCUACAUUCCGUGUUGCAUUAUUCAAGUACAGUUGAAGUCGGAAGUUUACAUACACUUAGGUUGGAGUCAUUAAAACUAGUUUUUCAACCACUCCACACAUUUCUUGUUAACAAACUAUAGUUUUGGCAAGUCGGUUAGGACAUCUACUUUGUGCAUGACACAAGUACUUUUUCCAACAAUUGUUUACAGACAGAUUAUUUCACUUAUAAUUCACUGUAUCACAAUUCCAGUGGGUCAGAAGUUUACAUACACUAAGUUGACUGUGCCUUUAAACAGCUUGGAAAAUUCCAGAAAAUGAUGUCAUGGCUUUAGAAGCUUCUGAUAGGCUAAUUGACAUUAUUUGAGUCAAUUGGAGGUGUACCCGUGGAUGUAUUUCAAGGCCUACCUUGAAACUCAGUGCCUAUUUGCUUGACAUCAUGGGAAAAUCAAAAGAAAUCAACCAAGGCCUCAGAAAAAAAUGUGUAGACCUCCACAAGUCUGGUUCAUCCUUGGGAGCAAUUUCCAAAUGCCUGAAGGUACCAUGUUCAUCUGUACAAACAAUAGUACACAAGUAUAAACACCAUGGGACCACGCAGCUGUCAUACCGCUCAGGAAGGAGACGCGUUCUGUCUCCUAGAGAUGAACGUACCUUGGUGCGAAAAGUGCAAAUCAAUCCCAGAACAACAGCAAAGGACCUUGUGAAGAUGCUGGAGGAAACAGGUACAAAAGUAUCUAUAUCCACAGUAAAACGAGUCCUAUAUCGAUAUAACUUGAAAGGCCGCUCAGCAAGGAAGAAGCCACUGCUCCAAAACCGCCAUAAAGCCAGACUACGGUUUGCAACUGCACAUGGGGACAAAGAUCGUAGUUUUUGGAGAAAUGUCCAAAAAUAGAACUGUUUGGCCAUAAUGACCAUCGUUAUGUUUGGAGGAAAAAGGGGGACGCUUGCAAGCUGAAGAACACCAUCCCAACCGUGAAACACGGGGGUGGCAGCAUCAUGCUGUGGGGGUGCUUUGCUGCAGGAGGGACUGGUGCACUUCACAAAUAGAUGGCAUCAUGAGGAAGGAAAAUUGUGGAUAUAUUGAAGCAACAUCUCAAGACAUCAGUCAGGAAGUUAAAGCUUGGUCGCAAAUGGGUCUUCCAAAUGGACAAUGACCCCAAGCAUACUUCCAAAGUUGUGGCAAAAUGGCUUAAGGACAACAAAGUCAAGGUAUUGGAGUAGCCAUCACAAAGCCCUGACCUCAAUCCUAUAGAAGAUUUGUGGGCAGAACUGAAAAAGCAUGUGCGAGCAAGGAGGCCUACAAACCUAACUCCGUUACACCAGCUCUGUCAUGAGGAAUGGGCCAAAAUUCACCCAACUUAUUGUGGGAAGCUUGUGGAAAACUACCCGAAACGUUUGACCCAAGUUAAACAAUUUAAAGGCAAUGCUACCAAAUACUAAUUGAGUGUAUGUAAACUUCUGACCCACUGGGAAUGUGAUGAAAUAAAUAAAAGCUGAAAUAAAUCAUUCUCUCUGCUAUUAUUCUGACAUUUCACAUUCUUAAAAUAAAGUGGUGAUUCCAACUGACCUAAGACAGGGAAUUUUUACGAGGAUUAAAUGUCAGGAAUUGUGAAAAACUGAGUUUAAAUGUAUUUGGCUAAGGUGUAUGUAAACUUCCGACUUCAACUGUAUCUAUUCAAUCUCAUUACACUUCCUCCAAAAUGUAGACAUGGAGAGCCAGUUCUGUGACACUGGGUUGCCUUGCAUUUGAUUUUGAUUUUAAUGCUUGUGUGAGAGAUUGAGUAAGAGUUGGAGGGGUGAGAAAACAUCUCAACAAACAGACCGGGUAUUACCCAGCCCUUCCAGAGACCAAGCCGCAGAUAGACCACUAUAAACACAACGUCUGUCCUCUUUCUCUGCACUGCACUAACAAACUACCUCAAAGCAACCCUUCUCUCUGUUCAGCAGGAUUAUGGUCAGAGUGAACAAUAAUAACACCCCUACAGAAGCUGAAUUGUAUAGAUAGUGGCUUUGAGUUGAAGUUCAGUCCACCACUCUUUUAAGAGAAGCUUUCCAAACAUUCUUAUUGUAGUAUCUUGCUAAAUCAACCCACCAUAUGGCUAUCACUAACAGACCUAUGCCAAAGGAACAAGAGCAAUGUCAACAGAUAAGAGGCUUAUAAACAGUUGUGGGAACCUGAAACUACAGCCACAAUCCCUUCAGUCCCUUCACAUUUCAGACUGAUGCCAGAUUGAACAGUAUUAAGGUCCUGGUUGCUUUUAUUAGUUUUUUUGGAAAAAGUGAUAACAGAUUUAACCAGAUCCCUUUUGAAAUUAGAUCCCAAUUAUGCUAUACAUAUAGCAGAUGAAGGGGGGCACCAUUUUGACUUGAUGUCCUGAAGAAUUGAUCCCUUUGUUGUAAUACAACACAGAACGUGUGUGCGUGUGUCACUAAUCCUAAAAUGUUCUCUCUGUGCCUCAGGACCCUGUGGAAAGUGAGAACAAAAAGAAUAUAAAGUUGAGGGGGAACAACAGAGUGAACAUGCAGGUGAGAAGAGAAUCUAGACUUAUAAACCUAUUUUAAUGUCACUAGUUCAGCUUAUCCUGUGUAUACACUACCGGUCAAAAGUUUUAGAACACCUACUCAUUCAAGGAUUUUUCUAUUUUUACUAUUUUCUACAUUGUAGAAUAAUAGUGAAGACAUCAAAACUAUGAAAUAACACAUAUGGAAUCAUUUAGUAACCAAAAAAAGUGUUAAACAAAUCAAAAUAUAUUUGAGAUUUUUCAAAUAGCGACCUUUAGCCUUGAUGACAGCUUUGUACACUUUUUUGGUUACUACAUGAUUCCAUAUGUGUUAUUUCAUAGUUAUUCUACAAUGUAGAAAAUAGUCAAAAUGAAGAAAAAACCUUGAAUGAUUAGGUGUUCUAAAACUUUUGACCGGUAGUGUAUAUGUCAUGUCAACAGUCGCCGACAGUGCUCGGUAUAAAAACAGACCAGAAGAAGCAACAGACACCAGCAAGUCUGAAAGGCAAAUACGAUGGAACCCUCCAGAAGAUUGGAGACUUCACCCAGAGUUCCCCAACUCUGCUCGGGAGUAAAGGUUAGCAAGACUUUGCUUUUCUCCUUUACUGAUGUCAAUGUUCUGCACACAUCAGACAUUCAGCAUAUAUCUAUAUAUCAGUCAAAAGUUUUGACACCUACUCAUUCAAGGGUUUUUCUUUAUUUAUACUAUUUUAGAAUAAUAGUGAAGACAUCAAAACUAUGAAAUAACACAUAUGGAAUCAUUUAGUUACCAAAAAAGUGUUAAACAAAUAAAAUAUAUUUUAUAUUUGAGAUUCUUCAAAGUAGCCACCCUUUGCCUUGAUGACAGCUUUGCACACUCUUGGCAUUAUCUCAACCAGCUUCAUGAGGUAGUCACCUGGAAUGCAUUUCAAUUAACAGGUGUGCCUUGUUAAAAGUUAAUUUGUGGAAUUUCUUUCCUUAAUGCGUUUGAGCCAAUCAGUUGUGUUGUGACAAGGUAGCGGGGGGUAUACAGAAGAUAGUCCUAUUUGGUAAAAGGCCAAGUCCAUAUUAUGGCAAGAACCGCUCAAAUAAGCAAAGAGAAACAACAGUCCAUUACUUUAAGACAUGAAAGUCAGUCAAUACGGAACAUUUUCAAGAACUUUUUAAGUUUCUUCAAGUGCAGUCGCAAAAACCAUCAAGUGCUAUGAUGAAACUGGCUCUCAUGAGGACUGCCACAGGAAAGGAAGACCCAGAUUUACCUCUGCUGCAGAGGAUAAAUUCAUUAGAGUUACCAGCCUCAGAAAUUGCAGCCCAAAUAAAUGCUUCAGAGUACAAGUAACAGACACAUCUCAACAUCAACUGUUCAGAAGAGACUGUGUGAAUCAGGCCUACAUGGUCGAAAUGCUGCAAAGAAACCACUACUAAAGAACACCAAUAAGAAGACGACUUGCUUGGGCCAAGAAACACCUGCAAUGGGCAUUAGACCGGUGGAAAUCUGUCCUUUGGUCUGAUGAGUCCAAAUUUGAGAUUUUUUGUUCCAACCGCCGUUUCUUUGUGAGACGCAGAGUAGGUGAACGGAUGAUCUCUGCAUGUGUGGUUCCCACCGUGAAGCAUGGAGGAGGUGGUGUGGGGGUGCUUUGCUGGUGACACUGUCAGUGAUUUAUUUAGAAUUCAAGGCACACUUAACCAGCAUGGCUACCACUGCAUUCUGCAGUGAUACGCCAUCCCUAGUUUGGGCUUAGUGGGACUAUCAUUUGUUUUUCAACAGGACAAUGACCCAACACACUUCCAGGCUUUGUAAAGGCUAUUUGACCAAGAAAGAGAGAGAUGGAGUGCUGCAUCAGAUUACCUGGCCUCCACAAUAACCAGACCUCAACCCAAUUGAGAUGGUUUGGGAUGAGUUGGACCGCAGAGUGAAGGAAAACGGCCAACAAGUGGGAACUCCUUCGAGACUGUUGGAAAAGCAUUCCAGGUGAAGCUGGUUGAGAGAAUGCCAAGGGUGUGCAAAGCUGUCAUCAAGGCAAAGGGUGGCUACUUUGAAGAAUCUCAAAAAAUAUAUAUAUUUUGAUUAGUUUAACUUUUUUUUGGUUACUACAUGAUUCCAUAUGUGUUAUUUCAUAGUUUUGAGGUCUUCACUAUUACUCUAAAAUGUAUAAAAUAGUAUAAAUAACAAAAAAAACUUCAAUGAGUAUGUGUCCAAACUUUUUUGACUGGUACUAUUGGGCUACAGCCAUAUUCUAAAAUUGAUUAAAUUGUUUUUUCCCCCUCAUCAAUCUACAAACAACAGCCCAUAAUGACAAAUCAAAAACAGGUUUGUAGACAUUUUUGCUAAUUUAUUAAAAAUAAAAAAUGGAAAUAUCACAUUUACAUAAGUAUUCAGACCCUUUCCUCAGUACUUUGUUGAAACACCAUUGGCAGCGAUUACAGCCUCGAGUCUUCUUGGGUAUGACGCUACAAGCUUGGCACAACUGUAUUUGGGGACUUUCUCCCAUUCUUCUCUGCAGAUCCUCUCAAGCUCUGUCAGGUUGGACGGGGAGUGUUGCUGCACAGCUAUUUUCAGGUCUCUCCAGAGAUGUUCGAUUGGGUUAAAGUCCGGGCUCUGGCUGGGCCACUCAAGGACAUUCAGAGACUUGUCCCGAAGCCACUCCUGCAUUGUCUUGGCUGUGUGCUUAGGGUCGUUGUCCUGUUGGAAGGUGAACCGUCACCCCAGUCUGAGGUCCUGACCGCUAUGGAGCAGGUUUUCAUCAAGGAUCUCUCUGUACUUUGCUCUGUUAAUCUUUUCCUUGAUCCUGACUGGUCUCCCAGUCCCUGCCGCUGAAAAACAUCCCCACGGCAUGAUGCUGCCACCACCAUGCUUCACCGGAUGGUGCCAGGUUUCCUCCAGACGUGACGCUUAGCAUUCAGGCCAAAGAGUUCGAUCUUGGUUUCGUCAGACCAGAGAAUCUUUUUUCUCAUCGUCUUAGUCUUUAGGUGCCUUUUGGCAAACUCCAAGCGGGCUGUCAUGCGCCUUUUACUGGGGAGUGGCGUCCGUCUGGCCACUCUACCAUAAAGGCUUGAUUGGUGGAGUGCUGCAGAGAUGGUUGUCUUUCUGGAAGGUUCUAACAUCUCUACAGAGGAACUCUAGAGCUCUGUCAGAGUGAUCGGGUUCUUGUUCACCUCCCUUACCAAGGCCCUUCUCCCCCGAUUGCUCAGUUUGGCCAGGCGGCCAGCUCUAGGAAGAGUCUUGGUGGUUCCAAACUUCUUCCAUUUAAGAAUAAUGGAGGCCACUGUGUUCUUGGGGACCUUCGACCUCUGCUUGGUUUUUGCUCUGACAUGCACUGUCAACUGUGGGACCUUAUAUAGACAGGUGUGUGCCUUUCCAAAUCAUGUCCAAUUAAUUGAAUUGACCACAGGUGGACUCCAAUCAAGUUGUAGAAACAUCUCAAGGAUGAUCAAUGGAAACAGGAUGCACCUGAGCUCAAUUUCUAUUCUCAUAGCAAAUGGUCUGAACACUUAUGUAAAUAAGGUUUAUUUAUAGUAAUUUUUUUUAUUUGCUAAAACUUCUAAAAACCUGUUUUCGCUUUGUCAUUAUGGGGUAUUGUGUGUAGAUUGCUGAGGAUAAAAAAAAAAAUAUAUAUAUAUAUAUAUCAAUUUUUAGAAUAAGGCUGUAACGUAACAAAGUGGAAAAAGUCAAGGGGUCUGAAUACUUUCCGAAGGCUCUCUCUGUGUGUGUGUGUGUGUGUGUGUGUGUGUAUAUAACUACAUGUCUGUCCAUAGCUAAGACAAUUCUGGGGAUUGUAAGUGGAAGAUCUACCGAGCGAGAGAAAGCCAAAGCAGUGAAACCGAAGAAGACCAAGAGGAAACUCUACAAGACAGACAUCUCCUCUCCUCUGGACAUCCCAUCUCAUCCGGUGAGUGGCAACUGGGUGGAACUUGGCCUCAGAAGCCCAGGCUUCUUAUGUUCUGUUCGAAAGCCUUGGAAAGUUCUCCUCGGGAAGACGAUUUUAAAAAGGGUAGAGUAUGCUUCCCUGCAAAGGCAAAACGCGGUAACUGUGCCAACGGUGAAACUGAGAAAAUUGGCUUUAAAGUUUUUUUGCUAGCCAGCCAAAUAUGUUGUAGGUAGACAAGUGAUAAUACAUCAGUGGAUUAUCACUUAUCUUAUUAUGAAGUCAUUUUUAUGCAAAUCAACCAUGACCACUGAUUUAACCUAUGACCCCUAAAAUGCAGAUGCUGCACUGUGCCUUUGUAUGACCUUAAACAAAGGCAAAGCGCAGUAUCAACAAUCUCUAAAUGUGUUUAUCCAACUUUAGUGUUAUUUUUUUGUUUGAUGGAAACUGUUUGAGAGUUCUAACUACAUUCCAACUGCAUUUAAUGGUUUUAUGUAGUUAUGUCUUCAUGUUUUGAAUGUUGUAGUAGCCCUCAAGCAUUUUUUCGCCAUAAGGUAAGGACUAUUUUAUCACGCAGAAUGUUUGUACUGCACAGUCAAAUAUUUUUUAAAGUAUAAUCUAAAUGUGUUUAUCCAUCUUUCUUGUUGUAUUUCUGUUUGACUUGUAUGGUCAUUUAUUUGACUUAGUGGUCAUGGUUGAUAUGCAUAAAAAAUGACUUCAUAAUAAGAUAAUACAUCAGUGUAUAAUCACUUGUCUACCUACAACAUAUUUGUCUGGAAAGCAAAUAAACUUUAAAGCCAUUUUUCUUUGCCUUUGUAUGGCAGAGCUGGUAACUGCAGUCAAAACAUGGUGGACCAAAGCCAAGGUGUUUGCCUUGGUUUUUACUUGUAUUUUGUAGUUACUGCAAAUUUCACACUAAAUAAUGCUAUAUGGAAAAACAAGGAAAUUCCUCUCCUGGGGUGAAAUGUAAUUUCUACUUAGAGCUUGGUGGGACUUGGAUGGUUUGCUUUAGAAAAUAACAAUACAAAAAGAGACUGAGAUUGUGUAAAUUUUUUAUCUAUUUAGGUGGUACUAACAAACCACUGGUGCAAGCUAAUAUUGCAUUGUUUUGUUAUGUUGCAGAUCAUUGGUCUUGAUCAAGAUGAGAAAGAAAGCGACCAUCUCAUUAUCAAGAGGCAGCUUAGAUCAAGAACCGCAAGGAAAUGACUCCAAACUUAGUCAACAGUGGCCGAGAGUUGGUAUUGCUUACUUGAUUUAAACUAUUUUGUGUUAGAAAACUAGCCAUGUACAUAUGUGAAUAUUUUCAUAUUUUGUUUCUCAUUCUAUUCCAUUAUGUUUGAAAAACUUUCUCAGAGAUUCUUUUUUAAAUUGAAAAUAGUGUACACACUAUAGAGAACUUGGAAAGUACCAAACAGUUUUGUAAAUGUACAUUGGAGACGCAGCCCGUGUUUGGAGAGCAAGGGACACAUUGUAGACAAGGGACACAUUGGAGGAUAGAGUAUUGUUUUGUCCUGCUCGAAUGUGGCCAAAAGUGUAUAAUGUCAUAAAUUUUAAUGGCAGCUGUCAGGGGUGGUUGUCAUCUGAGUAGAGUAAAUAAUCUAAUCUCUCACCCCCUCUCUCUGUGGUGGGCCCCUGACAGGUCCCACUCACAGCCAGUCGGGUUCAGUCUCAGGUGGGCAAUUAAUGGGACAUUCGCCAGUGUUUAGCUACGUCAUUGGCGUUGUCAUUGAAAACAUGUCUCUGAUGAUUAAAUGCUUUUUGUUCUCUGC